AUGGGUGGAAUGGUGGCCCAGGGAGCGAAGCUACCCUUCAAAAGAAAAUCUGGUUAUAAAGUGAUGUCAGGAUAUGGUGGGACGUCGCCACAUAAGAAAACCAGUGCCCAGAAUCACAGACACUACCAGGAUACAGUUGGCAGAGGACCUGGCCCGCCCCCACCCCAGGCAGAGGCCCAGAGGCGCCCCACUUUUACCCCUUCAAAAGGCGGGCCGAGCCGCGUUCUAGGGGAUCCCUCCCUGGGAAGGGCCUCGCGGCUGGAAUUGGCCCCCGCGCGAGGACCGCGGGGAUUGAUGGAGUCGGCCGGGGGAAUGGAACCCGCUGAGGCCGCUAUGGCCCCGGCCUCGAAGAAUGCCAAAGAGGGCUCGAGGAGCCGCGGUCGCCGGCGGUGGCGAAAAGGCAAGGCCAAAGCCUCGAAGCUCAUCUACAACAUGGACCUGCACACAAUGACACAGUCGCUGGUGACUCUGGCGGAGGACAACAUAGCCUUCUUCUCGAGCCAGGGUCCUGGGGAAACGGCCCAGCGGCUGUCAGGCGUUUUUGCCGGUGUGCGCGAGCAGGCACUGGGGCUGGAGCCGGCCCUGGGCCGCCUGCUGGGUGUGGCACAUCUCUUUGACCUGGACCCAGAGACACCCGCCAAUGGGUACCGCAGUCUGGUGCACACAGCCCGCUGCUGCGUGGCACACCUCCUGCACAAAUCCCGCUAUGUGGCCUCCAACCGCCGCAGCAUCUUCUUCCGCACCAACCACAACCUGGCCGAGCUGGAGGCUUACCUGGCUGCCCUCACCCAGCUCCGCGCUCUGGUCUACUACGCCCAGCGCCUGCUGGUUACCAAUCAGCCGGGGGUGCUCUUCUUUGAGGGCGACGAGGGGCUCACCGCCGACUUCCUCCGGGAGUAUGUUACGCUGCAUAAGGGAUGCUUCUAUGGCCGCUGCCUGGGCUUCCAGUUCACACCUGCCAUCCGGCCAUUCCUGCAGACCAUCUCCAUUGGGCUGGUGUCCUUCGGAGAGCACUACAAACGCAACGAGACAGGCCUCAGUGUGGCCGCCAGCUCCCUCUUCACCAGUGGCCGCUUUGCCAUCGACCCCGAGCUGCGUGGGGCUGAGUUUGAGCGGAUCACACAGAACCUGGACGUGCACUUCUGGAAAGCCUUCUGGAACAUCACCGAGAUGGAAGUGCUAUCGUCUCUGGCCAACAUGGCAUCGGCCACCGUGAGAGUAAGCCGCCUGCUCAGCCUGCCACCCGAAGCCUUUGAGAUGCCACUGACUGCUGACCCCACACUCACGGUCACCAUCUCACCCCCACUGGCCCACACAGGCCCCGGGCCCGUCCUAGUCAGGCUCAUCUCCUACGACCUGCGUGAAGGACAGGACAGUGAGGAGCUCAGCAGCCUGGUAAAGUCCAACGGCCAACGGAGCCUGGAGCUGUGGCCGCGCCCCCAGCAGGCACCCCGCUCGCGGUCCCUGAUAGUGCACUUCCACGGCGGUGGCUUCGUGGCCCAGACCUCCAAAUCCCAUGAGCCCUACCUCAAGAGCUGGGCCCAGGAGCUGGGCGCCCCCAUCAUCUCCAUCGACUAUUCCCUGGCCCCCGAGGCCCCCUUCCCCCGUGCGUUGGAGGAGUGCUUCUUCGCCUACUGCUGGGCCAUCAAGCACUGCGCCCUCCUUGGCUCAACAGGGGAACGAAUCUGCCUUGCGGGGGACAGUGCAGGCGGGAACCUCUGCUUCACCGUGGCUCUUCGGGCAGCAGCCUACGGGGUGCGGGUGCCAGAUGGCAUCAUGGCAGCCUACCCGGCCACAAUGCUGCAGCCUGCCGCCUCUCCCUCCCGCCUGCUGAGUCUCAUGGACCCCCUGCUGCCCCUCAGCGUGCUCUCCAAGUGUGUCAGUGCCUAUGCUGGUGCAAAGACAGAAGACCACUCCAACUCAGACCAGAAAGCCCUAGGCAUGAUGGGGCUGGUGCGGCGGGACACAGCCCUGCUCCUUCGAGACUUCCGUCUGGGUGCCUCCUCAUGGCUCAACUCCUUCCUGGAGUUAAGUGGGCGCAAGUCUCAGAAGAUGUCAGAGCCCAUAGCAGAGCCGAUGCGCCGCAGUGUGUCUGAAGCAGCGCUGGCCCAGCCCCAGGGCCCACUGGGCACGGAUUCCCUCAAGAACCUGACCCUGAGGGACUUGAGCCAGAGGGGAAACUCCGAGACGUUGUGGGACACCCCCGAGAUGUCGCUGUCAGCUGAGACACUUAGCUCCUCCACACCCUCCGAUGUCAACUUCUUAUUACCGCCUGAGGAUGCAGAGGAAGAGGCUGAGGCCAAAAAUAAGCUGAGCCCCAUGGACAGAGGCCUGGGCGUCAAUGCCGCCUUCCCCGAGGGUUUCCACCCACGACGUUCCAGCCAGGGUGCCACACAGAUGCCCCUCUACUCCUCGCCUAUAGUCAAGAACCCCUUCAUGUCGCCGCUGUUGGCACCCGACAGCAUGCUCAAGAGCCUGCCACCUGUGCACAUCGUGGCGUGCGCGCUGGACCCCAUGCUGGACGACUCGGUCAUGUUCGCGCGGCGACUGCGCAACCUGGGCCAGCCGGUGACGCUGCGCGUGGUGGAAGACCUGCCACACGGCUUCCUGACCCUGGCGGCGCUGUGCCGCGAGACGCGCCAGGCUGCGGAGCUGUGCGUGGAGCGCAUCCGCCUCGUCCUCACUCCGCCCGCCGCGCCCGCGCCCGCGCCCGCCCCACCUCUGGUCUGAGCCGCCCGCCGGAUCCGGGCUGCGCGGGGGAGACGGGGGUUGCGGGGGGCGACACUAAAAGCCUGCUGUUCCCAUCUGCGCCGGCCUCCGUCAUGAAUGCGCUCCGGGCCGGGCGGGAGGGGGCGCGGGCUGUGCCUUACUUAAGUCGGGGGUGGCAAGGGGGCGGGGCGGGGGCCCGAAAGCAGAGACCCCCGCCACGGGGAGGGGGACGCGCACACACACCGGUCACCGAGACGGCUGGACCUGCACACCACCGCUACCUUCUGCUGCUGCUGCUGUGACCGCCGCAGGGACGGGGACUGGCCCUCCCUUGCAGGUCGGUUUGUUUGUCUGUCUGUUGUAAAUAAAAGUAUUUAAUUAGU